AUGGAUAUAAUGUCGCCGAAAGAAAAAACCACGUUUGGUCUCUCGCUACGGGAAGAGAAUAGACGGAAAAGACAGAGGCAACAGAACGAAGGUAACGACAACGGCGGUAGCGGAGGGCCAGUCGUAACCACUACACCAGCGGCAUCAGCGGCACCGGCAGCGCUGCAUGUGGCUCCAGUUCAGGAGGAGGAGUUGCCUGUCGAAUCUGCAGCAGAAGGAGGUGAAGGAGAGGAAGUGUCAGACCAUCCAGCAAGACCCGACGACGAUGUAAACGACAAUACGGCUGGACCGCCGGUUACGAAUGAGCUGCCUCCUCCUUCAAGGAGUGAUGCGGAUGCACCGGCGACUACGAGCGCACCUAUUCUUCGUCUUCGUCCUUUUGCGGGUGGUGCAGCGCCUCCACCGCCUGCAGCCAUUCAAUCUGCCACUCUGACCGACCAUCAGCGAGAGAUGGCCGCUGUUGCUACGAACUGGGGUCCGGAGUUCCCAAGCCUAAGAGACUGUAUAAAGGCAAAUACUUGGUUCAAAGGCUCAAUGGCGAAGAUAACGGAUGAGACCUGCGAAAUAGAAACCCUUCGCAAGCUACGAGAGCUUUCGGAUAAGACUCCCAAUGGCGGCGCAACGAUGAAGGAGCAGAUGGACUUUCACUGGAGACAAAGAGAUAAGCAAGGAAGAGUGGGCAGCACGCAGUCAGAGAAACAGGAAAACCUACGCGAGGAUCUGCAGUUGCUGAUUGAUGGGAAGAGGAUGAAGGAAGAAGAUAUACAGACGUACAAGGGAAGGCCCAAAGAGGAUGGAGACGUAUCGGCGCGCAAGAAGAACGCCAGUGGGAAAACACCAGACGUCUCUACGAAACGCGUUCGCAAGACACCACAAGACGACGACGACGACGAAUCUAGCACGGGAGAUAGUACCAUACCCCACAACGGCCCUGUGGCAGCGCCAAAAGGCAAGGGAAAGGGAAAGGAAAGAGCGACUGAAGUACCGAGCGACGACACUGAAGUUAUACCCUUCACACGCGGACAGCGAGACCUGGCGCUCGGCCAAAUCUACGACAACUGGGAACUGACUUCGGACCAGCCACUUACCCAGUUCUUGCCAGGGCUGCUGCUUCCACCAGACGUGACUGACGACUCUCUCAUCGACGGCAGGAUUCUCGCGCGCAUCCGUGAUCUUUCCAACGUCACUAGAGGGCAAGCUCUCUUUGUCCGAGAGGCGUUGGCCAGCGCGAUGAAUGACUUCGUGGGAGAAAAUGUAGAGCAAGUGCUCGACCUUCUCGCACAGGUUCGUGCUCAGCUUCAAGAGGCGAUGCGAGUGCUGGACCGAGCAUCAGAGGAGGCAAGAGCUAGAGAACAGGCGGAAGGACCGAGCCGUGGUGCUGUGCUUCCAGGACUAGGCGUCGCUGGUCCUUCCGCUCCGUCGUCAAGCGCAGUCACCAUGCCACGCCCAUCCCAACCCUCGCAAGCUCCAACGCAGCCUGCUGCACAACCAGGAGUGUCGCGUUUCGAAGACGGUGUGCUGACUAUGGGAUCGAACUGGACGCUACGCCGUGCUCUCAACGAUAGCAGACAAGCCGAUCAAGGCAUUCAGACGGCUCGCCGUAGAUACGAGCAGGCUGUGCUUAAUGAACAGUCUGCUGUUGAUCAAGCCGCUCUGCUGUUGGGGAUAGAAGUAGCUAGAGGAGUGAGUAACGAAGCGUACGCGAGGACGGAUGACUUACAGGGACGCUGGGUAGGAGCGCGAUCGAGGCGGAGUACGAUGGGUGACGGUCUUGGGGGUAUUACCGGUGACGUUGGAUUGGGAAGCGGCGCGCAGGCUGAGGGUACUGAGGAAGGUGAGGGUGGAGGAGGAGAGCAGGGGGAGAACAAUGGAGAAAAUGGUGGAGGAAAUGGUGAAGGGGGUAGCGGAGGGAAUGGUGGAGAAGGUAGAGUGACACGCAAGAGUAAGAGAAACGAGAAGGAGAAGGAGAAAGAGAAGCGGUAG